AUGGAUAUGGGUGGACCUCAUGGGCUUGGCAUAAUCAGUCCGUUUUCACGCAAGGAGAUCAUUAUGCCGUAUCGGGGCGGAAAAGUCCCUCGGGCCAACACUGCAACGUUGUACGCCAUUGACGUGCUCGAGGAGCUCGUAGACCCAGACCUACAAAAGCAAAUGGCUAGCGCGAAGAUAGAGAGGCAAGAAGGCGGUGCAUGUGACGGAAGCAAAGGGAAGCGAUACCGCUUUGCGUUGAAACAGUUUGAAGCAGCCAAGAAAGACCACUUUUUCAACGAGAGACAGAUGUUCAGAAACCUGAAAAAUCAAGACGGAAUGAUACAGUACAUUGGCUGGUUCAAAGGCUUCGAACCUGAUAAUGAGGGAGGGUUCAAAGAGUACUACAAUAUCGUGCUGGAGCUGGCAGCUUUUGACUUUUACACAGCAAUUCGGGAGGAAUCGCCUCCAAUCUCCGUCGCAGAAAUUUCAGAUUUCUGGCAAGCGAUGUCAGAAAUCUCAGGAGCCCUGGCAUCGAUACACACGGUGGAGAUUGACGGGAGAGAGUAUUUAACAUGGCAUGGCGACAUCAAACCACAGAACAUUCUUCGAGUCAAUGACCGCUUCAAAUUGGCAGAUCCUGGAGAAGCUAGCAUGCAACUCAAAACGACUGGCAUCACUGAACCUCAGAAGAUCAAAUCAGCAGGCGGUACAAGAACAUAUGCGGCUCCCGAGAAGGCGGCUUUCUUGGAUGGGUUCAGCCAGAAGAAGCCAGACGUUCCUCAGACAAGCGAUGUCUGGUCUCUUGGGUGUGUCUUCUCCAUCGCAGCAACAUACGUUGUUUUGGGCCAGCAAGGAGUCCUCAUAUUCAAUCAGUUGCGCAGAGAGGCCAUUUUCAACGCAACGGGGAACUCUAGUGAUGCCUUCCACGAUGGGGAAAACGUUCUAAAGGAAGUUCAGUACUGGCACACAUAUCUCAGAGAGGCCACUAGAAGGACCGACGCCUACACAGACACGAUUUUGAACAUCGUGGACAAUUUCAUGCUGGUCCCGGGUGAGUCUCGAUGGACGGCAAAGCAAAUCUGGAAAGAGUUCGACGGAUUCUUCACCAACAUCAAAGCCGAACGGUCUGCCGUUCCAAAAGGCUUACAUGAUCUACUUCAAAACAUUGAUCUCCGCUCUGAACAGCUGUACGACCAGCAUUCAGGAAUCCGAAGAGUUGAUUCCGACGAUACAAGUAAAACACCCAAGGUGGUACCAAGCUUGCCCCGUACCGACAUAGAAUUCGAAAGCCGGGAGAAGCUUCUGGAGCAAGUGAUACAGCCGGUUGCGCAGCGAUCACAGAAUCGAAACGGGUCCCCCACCCAAUCAAGACACCCGUCAAUCAGUUUCCAUCCUGCACUGGACACCAGGACUAAUGGUCAAAAGUUUCCCAGAGAAGUUGGAAAACAGAAUGUCACAGCCCAGCAACUACCCAAGGCACUACAGAAACAUGCUAUCGACACAUCAUCGACGCCAGAUCAGCCAAACCUCUCUUUGCCGCCCUCCAACCAGAGCCACGAUCGGGACCUGAUCACAGUAUGGAAGGUUGAGCAAGAGCUUCAGAAGAAUGGUCUAGAGUGGAGGCCUUCUAUCAGAAGCUUCAGGUCGCUAGUUCAAAAACAAGAGACGACAGUCAGAGGCAAGAGCAACCUCGAGCUUUUGGACCAGCGCUUGGAAACCGAGUUCAAGGACCGAGACAUUGCGAGUAACCUCCUCAAGGUCCUCGUCUGGCGGUCUAUUGGAUACGACGACAACGGCAUGGAACUGUACUUUACGAAUCCCGACACCCCAGCCAAUGCAAGAAUAACUGAAACGAUGGAACAGUCAGUCAGUACGUUCGUCACAGCCAUGAAGAAUGCAGAGCCUAGCCAGUCGCGUCAUGUUAAGACUACAAUCGUUCCGGAACUGGCUCGUAUCAUCAACGGCUAUACUAGAGCGAUGACCUCGCAGCGCCCACCACGUCCACCACUCGAGCUUUCCCAACCCCGCGCAAAGGUCGGCGACAAUCAUGUUAACAAGUCCAGCCUCACCGCGUUCUUUAUCUUCCCCUGGAACUCCAGACUCUGCACGGUCGUCGCAGGCUCACGAAAAUACUCAAACGCGAUCACCCACGUCACCAACGUCUAUUGCAUCAUCGCCUUCGCCAGCGAGAUCAUUAUCGUCUCGCUUUUCGCGAUUAUUAUCACCACGUUAAGCGCCGUUUUGGUGCUCGCGUAA